GUCCUGUGCUCUCCGACGGCGACGGUGCGGAAAUCGAUAGGCCGCCGCAGUUCAGUCGAGCAUCGCGUCUCCCGACUGACAGACUGCCAUCCGUUUGGAAGUAGUCUAUCGGCUUCUUCUCCGUUUCUCACCUCAACUCUCGCAGCAGAAAAGGCUUCGAGACGUCGCGGCGCUCCACAUCACGCCGAAGUGCAUCAUCCUCGAAGAUGGUGAAAAUGGAACACGACGAUGGUAAAAACGAGCCCGAGCACGUGCGAAAGCUCUUCAUUGGAGGGCUGGACUACCGCACCACCGACGACUCGCUGAAGAAGCAUUUCGAGCAAUGGGGCGACAUCGUCGAUGUCGUCGUCAUGAAGGACCCCAAGACCAAGCGUUCCAGGGGCUUCGGAUUCAUCACCUACUCCCGAGCUCACAUGGUCGACGAUGCCCAGAACGCUAGGCCACACCGAGUGGACGGACGCGUCGUUGAGCCCAAGCGCGCUGUGCCGAGGCAAGAGAUCGGCAGGCCCGAGGCUGGCGCUACCGUCAAGAAACUCUUCGUCGGCGGUCUCAAGGACGACCACGAGGAGGAUGAUCUCCGUGUGUACUUCCAGGGUUAUGGUAACAUCAACUCCGUCAGCAUCGUCACCGAUAAAGAUACCGGCAAGAAGCGAGGUUUUGGCUUUGUCGAGUUCGACGACUACGACCCCGUCGACAAGAUCUGCCUGCAGCGCAAUCACCAGAUCCGCGGCAAGCACGUUGAUGUCAAGAAGGCUCUUAGCCGUGCUGAGAUGGCCUCUGCAACCAGCGGUGGCGGUGGCGGUGGCGGCGGCGGCGGCGGCGGCAGCGGCGGCCGUGGAAGUGGCGGUGGUGGACAGUCUGGCGGACGUGGACCACGAGGUAGCAACCAGAGCGGUGGCUCUUGGGGCGGCCGAGGUGGCGGCGGCGGUGGAAAUGACUGGAACCAAGGUAGUAACCAGGGUGGAUACGGUGGAGGCAACCAGGGAGGUUGGGGCAACAACGGACCCUGGGAGAACCAGAACCAAGGCGGCGGUGCCUGGGGAGGCAGCCAAGGUGGCCAGGGAGGCUACAACAGUGGUGGCAACUGGAGCAACGAUAACUUUGGAGGAGGCUACCAACAGGGCUACGGCGGCGGCCCAGUCAGGAAUAACUUCAACUCCGGCGGUCGACCCGGUCCCUACAGUUCUGGCGGUGGAUCAGGCGGCGGCGGCGGUGGCGGUAGCGGCUACGGAGGUGGUGGCGGCGGUGGCUACGGCGGUGGCUCGAUGGGCGGAGGCGGCGGUGGUAUGGGCGGCGGCGGCGGCGGUGGAAGGAGAUACUAAGCUCACCAAAACUACACCCACCGACCGAACUCUCACCUACUCUCCCUCAAACGGUGAACCCCAUUCUACUUCUUGUCUUCUAAUCGCAUAGCAAUAUUGCGAUACUGUCUUAGUCUUGGAGCAGGCAGGGAUAAGCAGGCAUACAGGCUAGUACAAAAUGCGGGCUAGAAGGACAGGCCAAUGAAAGCGAUAAGAGAAAGAAAGAUACAGGAAAGUCUGAAAAGAAAGUAAUCAGAGAAAGGGACAGGCAGACAGAGAGAACGAAAAUAUCCGGCAGGCAGGACAAUCAGGAUACAGGAAUGCAGGAAGAGAAUGCUUGUGUAGUUCACAGUUUGACCGAGAGAAGGGGAGAUAUUUAUUUAAACGGAUGCAUAUUUUCGAAAACACCAUGAUGAGACAAAGAAAUAUGAAAUGCUAAAUUUGUCGCACAGCAUAGAAACCGUUUUUUCAACACAUUUUUCAUUGAUCUUUCUAGCUUUGUUUUUUUUUUUAACGCCGUAGAAAGAAAUUAAGCAGAAAUUUUCCUCAUUCGUUAACAGCUUUAUACAAUUUGCAUGAUUCUCUGUUGUGAUACGUGCGUGUUUAGUAAAAAGAAAGAAAUUAAUAAUGGCGCCGAUCUUAAUCCACGAUUAUUAUGUAAAAUGGCCUCCGAAUUCGUGCUAGUAGAAAAUUCAUUUAUUUAAAAAAAUCAAUCACUUUAUACUUGCGAAAGAUAUUCCUUUAGGAGUUUCUAGAUGUUUCGCCCUCUUGAUUUUAAAAGAGCUGAUCACGUGUAAUUUUAUGAGAAAGCCAAUCAAAUAAGAAACGUGUUUUAACGUCCACUUCGUAUAUGACCGAUGCGUCGAUUAUAACGAUUAAACCAAUCGACAUGUAAAUGGAUUAAAAUUGAUGAUAACUAACUGUAUAUUUUGUAAUGACCGACUAACCAUAAUGAGUUUUCCGCGAACAAUAUUGUCAUUUCUGAUAUAAGCGUGAAUAAAACGACGUAACUUGAUCGAGCAAAUCCUUUUUCUCGACUCAGACUUGCGGCGUGCUUAGCUAACUAUUAACAUUGUAAAAAAAUGAAAAGCUUAGGACCAAGAGGCCAAUCGUUUAUUUGUUUCCUCGUUCAAUUUUUUUUUUUUUUGAAAGACAGCCAAACGAUUAUUCAGCUCGUUUGUAGGAGAGUCAAGGAAACGAAAUACCCACGGUAGUUUUAAUAUACCAUGAAGAGGGAAAAGAAAUAGCGAGCAGGAAAAUACGAAACCAUAGCUCAGGUAAAUCAACAUAUGUUUAGCAUUUGUAGGUUACCUAUAGGCUAUGUUAUAUAUAAAUAUAUAUAAACACAAAAAAAAUGAAACAGUAAUUUUUAAGUUGUAAUUGUCUUAAGAAAGUUAGUUAAAUAAACUUGACCACGACCUUUUCCACAAUUAUUGAUUUAUUGUUCUUUUGUAUCUUAUAAAGUAGUCAAAAACAGCAUUUAGAUUUUGAGGUGAAUCUUCAGGCUUUUUCUUAAACUUUUGAUCCAUCAACUUGAUAUGGAUUGCACAUCAUAGGCCUAAAAUGAAAGGCAACCAUUAAAUAGCAGGAAGUUUAAUUACCACUAAUGUAAGGCAUUGUACACAAGAAUAAUUGUCAGCAUCUCUUCAAAGAUACACUUGGCAUUCACUCAUUUGUAACCUCAGUAUUAAAUGAAUUUGUACAUACAUAAAAAAAAAGUUUUAACAAA